AUGCAGGAAUCUCCCGGCUCUAUUGGUGUGGAUGGAGGUUAUGCCAGUAAUGUGCCUGCCUUCCUCACCAAACUGUGGACCCUGGUAGAGGACCCAGAUACCAACCACCUCAUCUGCUGGAGUGCAACUGGGACCAGCUUCCAUGUGUUCGACCAGGGCAGGUUUGCCAAAGAGGUGCUGCCAAAGUAUUUUAAACAUAACAACAUGGCCAGCUUUGUUCGUCAGCUCAACAUGUAUGGCUUCAGGAAGGUGGUGAACAUAGAGCAGAGUGGCCUGGUAAAGCCAGAGAGAGAUGACACAGAAUUUCAACACCUGUACUUCUUGCAAGGCCAUGAACACCUGCUGGAGCACAUCAAGAGGAAGGUCUCCAUCGUGAAGAGUGAAGAGACUAAAGUAAGACAGGAGGACUUGAGUAAGCUCUUGUAUGAGGUGCAAGUACUGCGCAGCCAACAAGAGAACAUGGAGUGUCAGAUGCAGGACAUGAAACAGCAGAAUGAGGUGCUGUGGAGAGAGGUUGUCUCACUAAGACAGAACCACACCCAGCAACAGAAAGUCAUGAAUAAGCUGAUUCAGUUCCUAUUCAGCCAGAUGCAGUCACCCACCCCCAGCACUGUAGGAAUGAAGAGAAAACUUCCCCUCAUGUUGGAUGAUGGCUCCAACACGCCCCCGGCCUCCAAGUUCAGCCAUAGUCACCAUAUGGAGCCCCUCCAUGAGCCCUUCUAUAUCCAGUCGCCAUCCACGGAAACAGCCUCAUGCUCCAACAGCACAAUGACAGGGGGACCAAUCAUAUCAGAUGUUACUGACAUGUCACACCCCAGCAACAUGGCCAUUCAAAUGCAGACAGAGGAGACAAGGGACAAGAGUCUGAUGCUGAUCAAAGAGGAGCCAGUGAGUCCAGGGGUACGAGGCCGGCCUGAGGGAGGCCCACUGGGCUCCUGUGAAGUAUGUUCCGAACCCCCCGUCCUCCCUGUAGCCAUGGUACAAUCCGUCCUGGAGGGCAGAGGCUCUGGAGCAGAGAGGAGGAGCAAGAGACCUGCUCUGGAGAGGCCGGAGGUGUCUGAUGCUGUAGAGAAUGUGGACAUGAGUCUGGAGGACCUGCAGCUUCUCUUGAGGACCCACCAACAGACUAUGGAGCCCACCUCUGCUGUAAUGGAUCCAUUCAAUUUCAACUUGCCAUUGAGUGAGUGGAACUUUACUGAUAUGGAGUCCAACCUGAAAUCAUACAUGUUUCAGAGCCAGGAGGCAGAGGCCGGAUACCCCAACGCUGGAUGUGAGGAACAGUGACGGCUCGACAGGUCACUUGGCCGAGGCUAUUCCUGACAAACAGGCCAGAAAACAAGACAUUCCUCAAGGCUCUCAGAUUUCUUCCAUCCCCAGUCGUCAUGUCUUAGAUCCUGAGCCCACCUGGCCCUUUGGGAGCGAAAAAGGAUGGAUGCCUGUCAUUCAGAACUCUGUGGGCCCACCUUCCAUCCACCCGCCUGUUAACUCUGGAGAGUGUCCACUGUAUGGCUGU